GAAUUCUGAUUUAAAAGCGAGUCUUUAAAUGUAUCCUACCACAGCCAGUUCAAUGAAUUUUAGUGUGUGUUAUCAGAAAAGUACUAUCAUUAUUGCUUUAUAAACAACAAUUAAAAGUAUUACGGGGCUAAAUUGUUCCAUUCUUUAAUUCGUUCAAAAUCCAAGUAGAACAAUAACUGAAAGCAAAUAAAACAAUUAAAUGAGAUAGUGUUUUAUGAAGUAAUUUAGUCCGGUGCAACAGAUCUCGAUCGCGUUAUGUGCAAUACUUCUGGUAUCCUCGUGCUUCUAGUGCUACUGCUAGCUACGGGCUAUUAUUGUCAAAUUGAAGACCAGUCCUACUGGAGGCAAUUGGGAAAGUAUGAGUUGGCCAAAGCGUUGCAAAAGGAAAACAUUGAUGAUGUAGCAAAGAACGUCAUCUUAUUUGUGGGAGAUGGAAUGGGACCUACAACUGUAACAAGUGCUAGAAUUUAUCGAAAAGGCGAAACUGGCCAUCUAGCAUGGGAACAUUUUGACAAUAUAGGAGUCUUAAAGAUUUACUCAGCAAAUAAAUUAGUACCCGACUCAUGCAGCACUGCUACAGCCCUAUUUUCGGGAAUAAAAGCUAAUCAUAAAACUUCAGGAGUGGACCACACUGUAAACGUGAACGAUUGUGAUGCAUCUCUAAAGAAAUCUGCACAGUUGGAAAGUUUUAUUGAUUGGGCGCAAGAGGCAGGAAAAUCUACAGGCUUCGUCACCACUACUAGAGUAACUCAUGCAACUCCAAGCGCUCUCUAUGCACAUACCCCAAAUAGACGGUGGGAAUGUGAAGCGAAUGUUCCCUUAGAAUCAUCAAAUUGCAAAGAUAUUGGCUAUCAACUUGUGAAUGAAAGUCCUGGGAAAAACAUAGAGGUAAUAAUGGGAGGCGGAAGACAGUGCCUAGUAGCAAAUGUUACCGGCACCCCAGCAGACCCUCUGGAUACGUGGUCCUGUAUUAGCAAACAAAAAGGAAGAGAUUUAAUUACCGAUUGGAAAACCGAUAAAAGCUUAAGACAGGUUACGUAUCAAGUGCUGGAAAAUAAUGAGAAUUUGGAAAAUAUGGACGAAUCAAUGGAGUACACAUUAGGAAUAUUUGCAAAUGGACAUUUAAAGCUGGACUACGAAAGAGAUAGCGGUCCUGAAGGAAUGCCUUCACUUAGUGAUAUGACGGCUGCCGCUAUUAAACUGCUACGCAAGAACCCGAAUGGUUACGCACUAAUGGUGGAAGGUGGCAACAUAGAUCAAGCUCACCACAGAGGUCAUGCCAGAAAAGCUCUGGAUGAAACUGCCGCUCUAAGCGAUGCUGUUGAGGUGGCCCUCAAUAUGACCGACGAACUGGAAACUCUCAUUAUAGUCACCAGUGAUCAUUCACACUCAAUGUUGCUGACUGGAUACCCAGAUAGAACUCAAGGAGUACUAAGCUACUCUACAUCGGAAAUGGACGAAAGACCGUACACAAAUCUUGUCUAUGGAACGGGAGGACCUAAUAAUUACCAGUUUUACGUUGAAAAUGAUACUGUUCAAAGAGUUGAUCCAACUACAGAAAACAUGACGGAUUUCGAAUAUUCUCAACAAGCUGUCGUUUAUAAUGACGAAGUUACUCACAGUGGAACGGAUGUACUAGUAUACGCUACCGGUCCUAUGGCACAUUUAUUCAACAGCGUCCAUGAACAAAGUUAUGUUGCAUAUGUCAUCAGUUACGCGUUGCAGAUUGGUGUUUUUGAAGGAUAUGAAGCGGACCCUGAGGAAUCAGCAGCAAUGUAUUACCAUUGCUCUUGGGUCCCAAUAGUCGGUGUAUUUCUGCUAUUCAUAUACCAGCUAAUGUGUUAAUCGUCUUGCAGUGUUUCUUAAAAUAAUGCCCAUUUAAUUCUAUAUUAUGGAAAAUGUUUGUCGCUUUUGCUGCAUCUACUUGGGAAGUAUACCUAUUAUAAAACGGUGCUUUUAAUCUCAUAGACGUAUUGCUAUUUAGUAAUAAGAAUGAUAGAAUAAUAGGCAAUUUGUAGUUAAAAGAGUAAAUAAAAGUAAGAAAAAUUGAUAUAUCGCA